AAGUUCAGAAGCAGCCUGGCAGGCGCCGGAGCCGACAUGAAGGUCCCUGCCUCGGUGCCCGUCGGCGGUGCAGUGCUGGUCCUGCUCUCGCUGCUGCCUGUCCUCCAGGCCUCCAGUGCCCAAAAGAAUGCCAUCGACAUCUACAGCCUCACUGUGGACUCCAAGGUCUCGGCGCGAUUUGCCCACACGGUCAUCACCAGCAGAGUGGUUAACAGAGCCGACACGGUGCAGGAGGCCACCUUCCAGAUGGAGCUGCCCAAGAAAGCCUUCAUCACCAACUUCUCCAUGAUCAUCGAUGGCGUGACCUACCCCGGGAACAUCAAGGAGAAGGUUGUGGCCCAGGAGCAGUACAGUGCGGCCGUGGCCAGGGGACAGAGCGCAGGCCUUGUCAAGGUCACAGGAAGGAAGACAGAGGAGUUCCAGGUGUCGGUCAGCGUGGCUCCCACCACCAAGGUUACCUUCGAGCUGGUGUAUGAGGAGCUGCUCCAGCGGCAUCUGGGGGUGUAUGAGCUACUGUUGAAAGUGCGACCCCAGCAGCUGGUCAAGCACCUGCAGGUGGACAUUCACAUCUUCGAGCCGCAGGGGAUCAGCUUCCUAGAGACCGAGAGCACCUUCAUGACAGACAAACUGGCGGAGGCCCUCACCACCUCUCAGAAUAAGACCAAGGCUCACAUCCGCUUCAAGCCCACGCUCGCCCAGCAGCAGAAGUCUCCAGAGAAGCAGGACACGGUCCUGGACGGCAGCUUCAUCGUCCGCUACGAUGUGAACCGGACCGACUCUGGGGGCUCCAUUCAGAUCGAGAACGGCUACUUCGUGCACUACUUUGCCCCCGAGGGCCUGCCUGCAAUGCCCAAGAAUGUGAUCUUUGUCAUCGACACCAGUGGCUCCAUGAGUGGCAGGAAGAUUCAGCAGACUCGGGAAGCCCUAAUCAAGAUCCUGGAUGACCUCAAACCCAAAGACCAGUUCAACCUCAUCACCUUCAGCCGGGAAGUCACCCAGUGGGAGCCACUGCUGGUGCCAGCCUCAGCCCAGAACGUGGAGAAGGCCAAGAGCUACGCAAAAGACAUCAGGGCCAUCGGAGGGACCAAUAUCAACGACGCAGUGCUGGCCGCCGUGGACCUGCUGAAGAGCAGCAACCAGAAAGAGCUGCUGCCCAGGGGAAGCGUCUCUCUCAUCAUCUUGCUCACCGACGGCGAGCCCACAGAAGGGGAGACCAACCCCGUGAAGAUCCAGAAGAAUGUACGGGAAGCCAUAGGCGACCAGUUCAACCUCUUCUGCCUGGGCUUCGGCUUCGACGUCAUCUACCCCUUCCUGGAGAAGCUGGCGCUGGACAACGGCGGCCUGGCACGGCGCAUCUACGAGGACUCGGACUCCGCCCUGCAGCUUCAGGACUUCUACCAGGAGGUGGCCAACCCCCUGAUGACGGCUGUGGUCUUCGAGUAUCCUAGCAACGUCGUGGAGGCUGUCACGCAAGACAACUUCCGGCUGCUCUUCAAGGGCUCGGAGAUAGUGGUGGCCGGGAAGCUCCAGGAGCAGAACCCUGAUGUGCUGUCAGCCAAAGUCAACGGGCAGCUGCAUCUGCAGAACAUCACCUUCCAGGCAGAGGCCAGCGUGGCGGAACAGGAGGAGGCGUUCCAGGGCCCCAAGUACAUCUUCCACAACUUCAUGGAGAGGCUCUGGGCGUACCUGACCAUCCAGCAGCAGCUAGAGCGGCUGAUUUUAGCAUCAGAUGCUGAGCGGAAGGCACUCGAGACCCAAGCUCUGAACAUGUCACUCAAAUAUAGCUUUGUCACGCCCCUCACAUCUAUGGUGGUCACCAAACCCGAAGGCCAAGAUCAGUCUCAAGUUCUGGAGAAGCCUGUGGAAGAUGAAAGCAAACACAGGCCUUCGCACCCAGGUCGCACUGUCUUCAGAUCUAGCAGCCGAAGGAAACAACAGUCUGGAAUACAAGCUGGACUCUUCAGGACCCCUGCACGUUUCGGACCCAGCGGUGGCCAUGGUACAAGAUUCAGAGGCCUCCACCUUGAUAAGUUUUAUUCUCCCAGCCGUAUCCUUCAGCCCCAGACAGAGCUGUGGAGGAAGCUCCCAGAAACGUCCUUCGCUAUGCUCGCACCAGUGCCCACUCUGUCGGCGCCAAAAGUGCUCACAGUGCCCAAUCCAGAAACAACUACAGCGCCCUCACCCCCAGCCCCCAUCCAGGCUCACCUCUUCAUCCUGCCACUGCCUGGGCAGACCGUGGACCGGCUCUGUGUGGACAUCAAGCAGACUCAGGAGCCUGUGAACCUGAUCUCGGACCCUGACCAAGGGAUUGAGGUGACUGGCCAGUAUGACGCGGAGAAGGCUGAGCUCUCGUGGAUUCAGGUGACCUUCAAGAGCCCCCAGCUGCAGGUUCACGCAUCCCCUGAGCACGUGGUAGUGACUCGGAACCAAAAGAACUCUGAGUACAAGUGGAAGGAGACCCUGUUCUCUGUGAUGCCCAGCCUGAAGAUGACCAUGGACCAGACAGGCCUCCUGCUGCUCAGCGCCCCAGACAAAGUGACCAUCGGCCUGUUGUCCUGGGAUGGCCCUGGGAAGGGGAUCCGGCUCCUCCUGCGUGACACUGACCGCUUCUCCAGCCGUGUCGGCGGGACCCUUGGCCAGUUUUACCAGGAGGUGCUCUGGGAGGCCCUAGCUGCUGAGACGGACAGACGAACACUGAGGGUUCAGGGGAACGACUACUCUGCCACCAGUGAGCUCAAGCUGGAUUACCAGGAGGGGCCUCCAGGGACAGAGAUGGCCUGCUGGACCGUGGAGUUGUAGUUCUGCUGGGAGGCGCUGCGCCUGCCUCCUGCUGCCCCACUGUGGGCAGACGGCUGCCACCCUGGCACCACAGGGCCACCUGUGGGCCUGGGCCACACCGCAGAGGGGACCUCCACUCGUUACAAAUAAAGAAAGGUGGCGUGAG